GGGAGGCUGAUUCUUUUCCUGGCCAGCUGACCUAUCAUCAUGCUCGCCUUUGGGGGUUCCUGUAGGUGAUGCACAUGCUGAGGGGAGAGGAGGCACUCGCUGCUGAAGUCAUCUGUGCUGCGGGAUCACUUGCCUCGUGACAUUUGGCAGCACUAAUUGCCUUUCUGAGUAAUUAGACUACCUGUGAUGGUGUAAAGUUGUAGCGAGGAGAUUCCCUGCUGUGCUGUGAACUCCUACAGCCUCCAUCUCGCUGAGCCACCAUGACCCCGGAUAGAGACGCCUGUUGGACACGAUGACAGCCGACAAGGAGAAGAGAAGGGCGAUCAGCCGGGAGGCGGCCAGACGGAGGCGACGGGUGGAAUCUGAGGUGUUUGAAGAUUUGUCUCGCCUCCUGCCGCUCCAACAGUCUGUCCGAGAUCACCUUGACAAGCCCUCAGUGAUCCGCCUCACUCUCAGCUACAUCCGCAUGCACACACUGCUCACAGGGAAGACAGGGACCAAAGCAGAGGCUAGUCACAAAGUAAAAUGUGGACAGGUGACAGAUGGUCAAAUGGUUCGGCAUGAGUUCAACGGAGGAUGUGGCGAGGAAGAGAAAGAAAGGUAUGAUGCAGACGCCUCGGAAGAGACAAACAUGUACCUGAGGAUCCUGGAGGGAUUUAUGAUGGUCUUGUCCACAGAGGGAGACAUGAUCUACCUGUCUGACAACGUCAGCAAGUACAUGGGCUUGACGCAGGCUGAGCUGAUGGGACACAAUAUUUUUGAGUUUUCUCACCCCUGUGACCACGAAGAACUCAGAAAUAAUCUACGUGUAACAGCAGAGGAAGUUUGGAGCGGUGGAAAGAGGGACUUUGUCAUGAGGAUAAAAAGCGCUCUGACACACAGAGGAAGAAGCGCCAACCUCAAGUCAGCUACGUGGAAGGUUCUCCACUGUCAGGGCCGAUCCAAGGUGUGUGUCGCCCCGUCUUCAGUUUCCUGCCUUCUGCUGACCUGCCAGCCUCUGCCCCUCUCACACACACUCCUCAGCACACAGACCUUCACCAGCCAGCACAGCAUGGACAUGAGGUUCACAUACUGUGACCAGAGAAUGACUCUGCUUCUAGGUUACAGCACUGAGGAGCUGCUUGGCCGCUCCAUCUAUGAUCUCUGCCACACACGGGACACAAACUGUUUGACCAAAAAUCAUUUCAACUUGUGUUUUAAGAGUCAGUCGGCCAGCGGUCGGUACAGGAUGCUGGUGAGAGGUGGAGGUUAUGUCUGGGUGGAGAGUCACAGUGCAGUCAUCCCCAACGCUCGCUCCUCCAAGUCCAGGCCCAGCGCCAACCAGCCACUGUGCAUCCUCUGUGUCACCUAUGUCCUCAGUGGAGUGGAGGAGCCGUCCUUGCAGCUCUCUUUGGAUCAGACUGUCCAUAUCUGAGCUGAGUCUCCAGUUUGAAGAAACAACACCUCUGUACUUUUGUCUGCGAAUCAUUAUCAGUUAUUUUAAUUGAUCUAACUUUUAUUAAAUA